UACCUUGUGCGUGAGUUUCGUUAGGUGUAUGUGGCACAUUUAUACUGGAUGUAGCGUACAAAAACGGUAGAUAAUGAAUGUCGCAUCGACUUUACUAUUAUUAAGGUUUUCUGGACGUACUGAGAAGUUUAUUUAAUAUUAACAAUUCUUUUUACGGCAUUGGACACGUCAGAAAAUUCUUGAAAAGCAGAAAUAAAUAUUCAAAUAACUUAAAUUUAAAUUAAUGUUUACACAGCUGUCAAAGUUAAAUUUAACAUUUACGCAUAUAGGUUGAAAAUAAAUAUUAUUUCACAACGUUAAAUUCCAUUCACUGCUAAGAUUGCGAAAGAUUAAAGACGCAAACAAAACAAAUAUGAAGUUGCGGAUAAUUUUUCUAUUGUGUAUAACAAUAGUUCUGACUAAUGCGUUGCCAGUGACGAAAACCAAAAAAGAUGAAUCCACCACAGCCGCAACUCCAGACGUGGAAACUGCUCUGGAGUAUGAACGCUACUUGAAAGAAGUUGUAGAAGCACUAGAAAGUGAUACCGAAUUUAGGAAGAAACUUGACAAAGCGCCCGAAGCUGAUAUUCGGAAUGGAAAAAUUGCUCAAGAAUUGGAUUAUGUUAACCAUCAUAUCCGUACAAAACUGGAUGAAAUAAAGCGUCGGGAAAUUGAACGCCUUCGAAGUCUUGCUAACAAGGAAUAUGAAUUAAGUAAUGAUAUUGAUCGAGACCAUUUAAAAGUACCACAGCAUUUAGAUCAUGCCAAUGAGCAUACAUUUGAGAUUGAAGAUUUGCGUAAAUUAAUAAAGAAAACUGCUGAGGAUUUAUCUGAAAAUGAUCGAAAACGUCGAGAAGAGUUCAAACAAUAUGAAAUGCAGAAAGAGUUCGAACGCGAGGCACAAAUGAAGGAAAUGGAUGACGAUCACCGUAAAAAAUUCGAGCAGGAAUUUAAGGAUCAACAGGAGAAGCACAAAAAACAUGAAAAAGUGCAUCAUCCUGGUAAUAAAGCUCAGUUAGAGGAAGUGUGGGAGAAACAGGACCAUAUGGAAAAAGAAGAUUUUGACCCACACACAUUCUUUGCAUUACACGAUAUUGAUGGCAACGGUUUUUGGGAUGAAAACGAAGUUAAAGCCCUUUUCGUUAAAGAAUUAGACAAAGUUUACCAGUCGGGACUACCUGAAGAUGAUAUGCGUGAACGGGCUGAGGAAAUGGAACGCAUGCGAGAGCAUGUAUUCCAAGAAACUGACACUAAUCACGAUGGUUUAAUUAGUUUUCAGGAAUUUUUGGAACAAACAAAGCGAGAAGAAUUUAAAAAGGAUCCUGAAUGGGAAACUGUUGAUGAACAACCACAGUACACACAUCAAGAGUACUUAGAGUUCGAGCGUCGUCGACAAGAAGAAAUUCAACGUUUGGUAGCACAAGGAGUGCUACCACCCCAUCCAAAUAUGCCACAGGGUUAUUAUCCCGAUGGAGCUGUUCAUCAUGGUACAGGUUAUCAACAACAACAACCUCCACAAAUGCACUAUCAAGAUCCGCAUUAUCAGCAACAACAACAGCAACAACAUUAUCAACAACAACAGCAACAAUAUCAAGGACAACAAGUACAUCUCAAUUCAAACCAAGUUUACCAGACGAUACCUCAAGCAAAUGGUCAGCAAAAUCAUAAUCCACAAAUUCAGCAACAACAAAAUUAUCAACCAGUUCAACAACAACAACAAGCUCAACAGCCACAACAACAACAUCAACCACAACAACAUCAACCACAACAACAACAGCAGCAACCACAACCACAACAACAUCAACCACAACAACAACAACAGCAACCACAACAACAGCAGCAACCACAACAACAACAACAGCAACCACAACAACAACAGCAGCAACCACAACAGCAAUAUGCACAGCAACAACAACAACAAAAUGCUCAACCACAACAUAUAAAACCAUAA